AUGCAUCCAUUAAUAAUGUUUGCUGCAUUAGCCCUGUUGGUAGAAGCAGUUACAUCUGAUCAUCAUCCCCAACAAGCCCUACCAGGCUGCAAAUCCACUUGUGGAGACAUACAAGUUCCAUAUCCAUUUGGCAUAGGAAAUUCAACAACACAAGAUCACACACCAUGUUACAUGAACUCCAAAUUCAUACUCACUUGCAAAAACAACUCCAAAUUAAUCCGCGGCCAGAAUAUUCCAGUCCUAGACAUAAAUCCGCUAGGCCAAAUGGUGUUUUCGUUUGCCGUCUCAUAUUUUUGCGCUAAUGGUAGUAGUAAGAGUACUGCAAAUUCUCCUUUUCUCAGAGUUCCUUCUUUGACAAUUUCAAGCACAGAAAACAAAUUCAUAACCGUCGGUUGCGACAGUUAUGGAUAUCUCAACAGUAAUUUCAAGGGUGCCAUUUAUUCAACAGGGUGCUUAACAAGAUGUUAUGAUUAUGAUCCUAAAAUGGUAAUCGGCAAUAACACUGGAAAGUGCACUGGUUUAGGAUGUUGCCAAGUGGAUAUUCCUCCACUUAUGAGAAAUAUCACUAUACAAUCAUCUCAAUUCCCAGAUUCUACACCAUCUCAGAAACAUUAUUGUAGCUAUUCCUUCAUUGCAAAACAAGGAUCUUAUAGUUUUUCUGUAGAUCAUUUAAAUAAUCUUCCUAAUAAAAGAUUUCCCAUGGUUGUUAAUUGGGCUGUUUCGAGUGAGUCGUGUCAAAUAGCCCAAAAUACAGUUAACUAUGCCUGCAAGGAAAAUAGUGAGUGCGUCGAUAAGGAUUCAGAUUAUGACGGUUAUAGAUGCAAGUGUUUGAAAGGUUUUGAAGGAAAUCCAUACCUUCCUGGAGGCUGCUCAGACAUUGACGAAUGCGCAACAGAAUAUCAUGGAUGCAAAAGUAAAGCAAAUUGUAAUAACACUUUUGGGAAUUACACUUGUUUCUGUCCUGAGGGGCAAACAGGAGAUGGAACAGAGGGAGGAGGGUGUCAACUAGUACAUAAUGAAAAUGCAAAUAGAAUAGUACUACCUACUGUUCUUGGAGCAGGAGCAGUAAUAAUUGUUCUAUUUGUGAUGAUAAUUUUCUAUUUAAUAAACCAAAAAAGGAAACUUACCAAAUUGAAAGAGAAAUUCUAUAAGCAGAAUGGAGGCUCUAUUUUGGAACAGAAACUUAGUCAAAGACAAGACUCAUCAUCAUCUCAAAUAACUCAUAUUUUCAAAGAAGAUGAAUUGAGGAAAGCCACAAACAACUUUGAUGAGAGCUUAAUCAUAGGCAGAGGAGGUUAUGGUACAGUUUUCAAAGGGGAACUAGAAGAUAAUAGAAUUGUUGCUAUAAAAAAGUCCAAAACAAUAGAUGAAAGCCAAAUCGAACAAUUCAUCAAUGAGGUGGAUGUUGUUUCUCAAAUAAAUCACAGAAAUGUGGUUAAACUCUUGGGGUGUUGUCUGGAAACAGAAGUUCCUUUGUUGGUUUACGAAUUUAUUUCCAAUGGCACCCUUUCUGAUUUUAUACAUACAGAAAUAGGUAAGGUGAAUAACGUAUCUUGGAAAACUCGUCUUAAGAUCGCGGCCGAGGUAGCUGGAGCUUUGUCAUAUCUACAUUCAGCCGCCUCAAUACCUAUUAUUCAUAGAGAUGUCAAGAGUGAUAACAUUCUCUUAGAUGGAACCAACACUGCCAAAGUAUCUGAUUUUGGAGCUUCAAGAUUGGUUCCACUUGACCAACUAGAAGUAGCCACAAUGGUUCAAGGAACUAUAGGCUACUUAGACCCGGAGUAUAUGCAAACAAGUCAAUUGACUGAGAAAAGCGAUGUAUAUAGCUUUGGCGUAGUUCUCGUGGAGCUUCUAACAGGGGAGAAGCCUUUUAGCUUUGGUAGGGCAGAAGACAGAAGAAGUCUUGCUAUGCAUUUUCUGUCUUGCUUGAAAAAGGAUAAUGUGUUUGAAGUUAUUCAAGAUGGUAUGUUGAACGAGGAAAAUGAACGAGAGAUCAAGGAGGUAGCUGUUCUUGCGGCGAAGUGUUUGAGACUAAGAGGGGAGGAAAGACCAAGCAUGAAGGAAGUAGCUAUGGAAUUGGAGGGAAUGAGGUUAAUGGAUAAGCACUCUUGGAUCAAUGAAGAUGAAAAUAUAGAGGAGAGUCGCUACUUGCUUCAUGAAACAUCUUCUAGCAUUUAUGAACCCGGUGAUAGCUGCAAACCAGGAGAUUAUGGGUAUGACAGCUUGAAAGAUCAUGUAUUGAUUGCCUUGGAUGAUGGAAGAUGA